AUCGGCGAGGCGUGGAUGCAAGCAACCGUCCUGCCACGAGCCUCCUCUAAAAAGUCACAGACCUUGACUACCAACGAGGCAGCUCAGCCGACCACGAGGCCGCCGGUCCCUCCCUCCCUUCCCCUUCUUCUCCGCCGGAUCCUCCACCCGCCGCUCCUCGCUCCGCCGCUGGUCUCUCGGUCUAGUGCGGUGGAGAUCCAUCGGGGGGCGUGGAUUGGUUUCUUCUCCUUGUCGGUGGUAAAAGCUGGUUAGGGAGCAGAAGAGAGCAAUUCUCGCGUGAGGAUGGGCAGUCUGCAACAGCUUUACCAUUAGCAUUUGAUCUUUUGACAUGACUGAGGGGGCGAAGUUUCACGGUAUGAUAGGCAGCGGGGGCAAGGGGAUGCAAGACAAUGAGAUCAAUGGCUUCUACAACAUGUCCUACUACCAUAAGUUUGGCGAGGGCUCCCACAUGUCUGUGGACAGCGCCGACGGCUUCAACCUGGCCAAUUGCGCCGGUGGUUCUGUUGCCAUGUCAGUGGACAACAGCAGUGUGGGCUCGAAUGAGUCUCGCACGGUCAUACUUAAGCACCCAGGCCUCCGUGAUGCCCCUACUGCAAGCUAUUCAGUUGGCAAUAGUGUCUUCCGCCCCAACCGUGUGGCUGCACACACGCUGAAUGAGGAUGCAUUGGCUCGGGUUUUGAUGGACCCGAAUCAUCCGACUGAGAUACUAAGUAAUUACGAGCAGUGGACCAUUGAUUUGGGGAGGUUGGACAUGGGGGAUCCUUUUGCUCAAGGAGCCUUUGGGAAGCUGUACAGGGGAACAUAUAGUGGAGAAGAUGUUGCCAUUAAGCUGUUGGAGAAGCCUGAGAAUGACCUGGAAAGAGCGCAUUUGAUGGAACAGCAAUUUGUGCAAGAAGUUAUGAUGUUGUCAAGGCUGAGUCAUCCAAAUAUUGUAAGGUUUAUAGGGGCAUGUAGGAAAUCAAUCGUUUGGUGCAUUGUUACAGAGUAUGCAAAAGGUGGCUCAGUCCGGCAGUUCCUGGCGAGAAGGCAGAACAAGUCAGUGCCUUUGAGAUUGGCUGUCAAACAGGCAUUGGAUGUAGCUCGGGGAAUGGCUUAUGUGCAUGCCUUGGGAUUUAUUCACAGAGAUCUGAAGUCAGAUAACCUUCUAAUUGCAGCAGACAAAUCCAUUAAGAUUGCUGACUUCGGAGUUGCUCGUAUCGAGGUGAAAACUGAAGGGAUGACACCAGAGACAGGAACCUACCGCUGGAUGGCUCCGGAAAUGAUCCAGCACAGGCCCUAUGAUCAUAAAGUUGAUGUCUACAGCUUUGGGAUUGUCUUGUGGGAGCUUAUAACUGGCAUGCUUCCCUUCACAAAUAUGACGGCCGUUCAGGCAGCUUUUGCUGUUGUAAAUAAGGGUGCUCGUCCAGUAAUCCCACAAGAUUGCCUGCCUGCUUUAAGCCAUAUCAUGACUCGUUGCUGGGAUGCGAACCCUGAAGUUCGCCCACCAUUUACUGAGAUUGUCUGCAUGCUUGAGAGUGCUGAGACGGAGAUUGUGAGCAAUGUCCGUAAAGCACGCUUCCGCUGCUGUAUAUCCGAGCCCAUGACCACCGACUGAAGUGGAAGCAGGGUGGAUGACCACAAAGAGGGAAAUAAGAGAAGGGGAAGAAAGGAGAAAGAACCAGUCUCAAUGUAUUCACCGUAUCGGUGCUAGGGGUCCCUAGGAUUUGAGCUUCUGUGUUGUUCUAUCUUGUGUAAGUUGCACAGCUGAAGUAAUCUCUUAUGAAAGUAUAGAUGAUGUUGCCUUGUAUGUUAACAAGAUCUAAUGGAGCUUUCCUAUGUUAAUAACAUCUGUUUGUUCUUGUA